AUGGGCUAUCAACAACAACAGUAUUUCCCACCACCGCAGGGGCCUUCUCAACCAUACAGACCACAAUACCAACAACAGCAAUCCAUUCCGCAACAGAAUACGCCGUCGAUUCCACCACAAAAAUCCACGCUCGAAGAAACACUGCAAGCCUUUAUGGAGAUGAGCAAACAAAGUAUAGAGUCUCAAGCUUCUACGAUCAAAAGGCUCGAGACUACGGUUGGACAACUUUCCGGUGCCUUGAAUCAAAUCCAACAACAACAGCAACCCGGGAAGUUUCAUGGUCAACCUGCUCAGACGCAUCAAGCUCUUGCUGUAACUGUUCUUCGCAGUGGUAAGAUGGUGGAUAACAAAGUGGAGGUUCCUAAUUUGACCAGUGCAGAGUAG